GUACUUCCUAAUCAUCUAAGAUGUUUGCUAGUGGGUAUUUACAAGUUAGGCUCUCAAACUACAAGUUCUACAUUGAAACUGGUGAAAACUAUUUUUAACAACUGGGUGCAAUCUAAAAAGUGGGACUUUGGAUGGGGUGGCGAUGAUGUAAACAUCAAGAUGUUUGCUAGUGAGUAUAUACAAGUUUGGCUCUCAAACCAUCCAUCAAGUUCUACUUCAACACCGAUGAGAACUAUUUAUAAUGACUGGGUGCAACGGAUAUUUAACGGCCAGAGUUUCUGUAAAAUCUGUCUCACCUAGUGGACUAGCUUAAGGGCUGGUUGACCAGCCUCGCCUAAUGGCUAGUUUUUAUGGUUUAAGUCAUACUGGUUGACUAGUCUUGCAUGUGGCAGAUUCUGCUGUUCCAUUCAGACAAUGAUCCGGAUGCCGAGAUUCUCUUUGCCUUUAGUUGGUUAUCUUCUCGGUGUUUGGUCUCUGCAGUGAGGUUUUCAACUCUAUAGCGAUAGCUCCACUCUAGAUGCUUGCUAUACUUUAAUCCUAGAGCCAUUUUACAUUGGCAUGAAAUUGCCAGCUAAUCUAGGCUAUUGCUGGAACUAAUAGGUUGCUGGUCAUUGGUGCUUGGUAUUUCUAGUUUAGACUUUCUUUUAAUGAUGACAACAUUUGUAUUCUGAAUUGCUGGCUAGAUGAUGUUACCAUUUAUAUUCUGAAUUACUAGCUAGUUGCAUCACAAAUACAGUAUUCAUAGCCUGUUAGUUAUUAUGUGUUCAAUUCAGUGGGUGCAGUGUCAUGUGUGCGGAUAUGUGUGUUCUACAUAUUUCAAUACACAACUGCAUCAUGACUUGAUAACUUAAUUGAUAAAAUGCGCAAAUCCAGGUUUAAGGUUUUGGACAUUUCUAAGAUGUGGCUGCCAAUGAGUUUGUUACAUUGGAUUUUACUACUCUUUCAGGAUGUUGGCAACUGUUAUGAACGCUAUCUUUUUGCAAGCAACAAUGGAAAGCAUUGGCAUCCCAACUAGAGUCCAGACUGCAUUUCGCAUGUCUGAAGUUGCCGAACCAUAUAUACGUAGAAGGGCUAUUAGGCAUUUAGAGAAAGGAAGGGUGGUGAUUUUUGCUGCUGGAACUGGAAAUCCCUUCUUCACAACAGACACUGCUGCUGCCCUGCGGUGUGCAGAGAGUCCCCCUGUUUUACGCCAUAGUUCAUUAUUGACUGUUAAUCCAGUUAAUGCUGAGGUGGUGCUGAAAGCUACAAAUGUUGAUGGUGUAUAUGAUGAUGACCCCAUGCACAACCCAAAUGCUCAACUUCUUGAUACUUUAACUUACCAUGAUGUAACUUCAAGAGAACUUUCAGUAAUGGACAUGACUGCCAUUACUUUGUGCCAUGAGAAUAACAUUCCUGUUGUCGUCUUCAACCUCAAUAAGCCUGGUAAUAUUUCAAGUGCAAUUAGAGGAGAGAGGGUUGGCACGUUGAUUGGUGCAGCAUAGAAAUCAGCUGCAGCAAGGCCUUGAACGGAAUGAUUUGUACUGCCAUUGGAGGUUGUUUGCAGCUCGAGGACAAUUCAUUUUGGCACCAAUUGCUUUCUGGGGUUGGUGUAUAAUUUUUGAAGAUGAAAUGUGGACUUGAAAGUAGUGAUUUCGAGCAAACUGCUUCAUGGAUUGAGACCUAUCUUGAAUUUUGAUAAUGUAAAUAAUUCAUUGAGUUGCGGGGCAUCUGUUAAUUUCUUGAUGAAACAAAUUUCAACAGUUUCGAGGAGAUUUCUUAGUGUUCAACCUUUCAUAGAU